AUGGGCGAACAACAGGACGAGGAAGAAAAUAUAGUCGAGGGGCCCCCUAAAAAAGGCAAAAAAAAGAAAGUAAAAAAAAAUGGAAAAUCUGCGAAGAAACCAAGUGACAUUGUGAGCUGCAUAGCUUUUUUGUCCAGGGAUAAGAAGAAGCCCGCUGGUCGGCAAAUUGAUCAACUCACCGAAGAGGACGCAUCUAGCGAAAGUGACCACUGCGAAAAACGAAAACGAAAGAAACAGAGAGACGAAGCAGACUCCUACGAUGCACUACAAAACGUUUUUAACGACGAAAGGGAAAACGAAAAGAUAAUAAAAGAAGACAACCUCAUAGAGGAGGAGAAGAAGUACCUUUUCGAGGAUGAGCUAAGUAUAGAAGACGCCGAUGCGUUAACUUUGAAUGGAAAAAUAUACAGUGACAUUGGUACGUUGGAAAUUCACGUAGUUAAUUAUGAUGAGGAUAUUUUUAACAUUUAUGACGACGUUAUUAUAGACGAUUACCCCUUAUGCUUGGAGGUCAUAGGAGGAGAGUCUUACUACCGGGGGAAGAACAUCGUAGCCGUUGGUACCAUGAAGAAGGAAAUUGGACUGUGGGACAUUAACAAGAUUGACACGCUGGAGGCGCUCAGUUAUUUGGGCGGCAAAGACAGUGCCACGCGUGGGGAAAAACGCAAAAAAAGGCGCAAGAAGGACAAAGCAGCAGGAGAAACAGCCAAUUCAAAGGGGGAAACACCCCAGGGAACGUGCGAAGAGGCGAUUGUGGGUCAAAAAAGGAAGCAGAGCAAAGACAACCUGCAGGGCCACACCGAAUGCGUCACGUGUCUUAACUCGUCGAAGCUAAUUCCCAAUUUGAUGUGUAGCGGGUCGAAGGAUUGUUCCAUUAAAUUGUGGGAUCUGUCCAACCUAACCUACCUACAUACCUUUAAUUUUCACAAAAAAAAAAUUAACAAUGUUUCCUUCCACGCGAAGGAAAGUAGUAUUCUCCUUUCAACCUCAUCAGACAAAACUUUAAAAAUUUAUGACAUAAGAAAAGAUACAGUUGGGUUAAACAUACCUUUGGACAGUACCCCCGAAUCGACCACUUGGAACAAAUUCAAUGAGAAGGAAAUUUUCUUAUCCGACGUUGAUGGAUAUGUGAAUAAGAUAGAUAUACGUUACGUUACGGAUCCGUCUUCCAGCUUUUCACACAACAACACAGUUAGGUUUAAGGCCUUCUCCAAUUCAUGCAUUUCGCUGGUUAGCACGCAUUACCCAAAUUUGACCCUCGCAGGGUCCGAAGACGGGAUGGUGAAGGCCUACGACUUUGGCACCUUCGGGGAGGAGGGGCCUACGUGUGUAUACACGAAGAACCUUAAAAGGAACCUUUACUGCAUGAAGGACAACGAAGAUUGGCCCAAUGUCAUAUUUUUCGGGUGUGAGAAGCUCUACGAUUGGGAUUUGAAGUCGUGCACGGAGUUACGUGAAUAUUUCAACCUGUGA